UGCUAUUAGAUUGGGUAAACCAAAAUAUUUAUUUCGUUAUUUUGAGAGAAAGAAAAUAUCCACAGAGCCAAAAAACAUGAAAAUUGGUGCGCCAGAAAUAGCGCCACCCACUGAAAGUUUUAAAAACUAAAUUGACUUACAGAGUAUUUAUAAAAGAGAUAGCGAUGAACCAUUGUGUGCCAGUUCUUUAAAUCACUUUCCUUGUUUUCAGAACCUCAUGGACAAGUCAACGCGGCCUAAACGAAAUCGUCGUCACAGCAGACGAGCCUGGCCGCCGGAGGAGGAGCUGCAUCCAGCAACCCGAGCCACAAAGAGGUUAUUUACUCCCGACAUUAAGAGGAUGCUAAAGGACUGGCUAAUUCGUCGCCGGGAGAAUCCUUAUCCCAGCAGGGAGGAGAAAAAACAGCUUGCUGCGGAGACUGGGCUUACCUACACUCAGAUCUGCAAUUGGUUCGCAAACUGGCGAAGAAAGCUUAAAAACUCGGAGCGAGAGAAAGCCAAGAAAUCCUGGGGUCAUCUGAUCAAAAAUUACAACCACAAUGCACGGGGUAAUGUGGAACAAUUUAGCAUCUCGUCGGAGGAUAGUAUUUGGGAGGAGGAGGUGCACUCAUGUCCUGCGGAGGAUGACGAAGGCGACGAUAAUGACGAGUUUUCAAGCCACAGCACUGGUAGCGAUGGCAAUGCCAAUAACGAAUCUUCCUCCCCAUACAACCCGAUAUUGUUUGUGGGAUCUGCAGGUUUGUCAGGGCGGAUACCAAUUUUAUCAGAAGCACAAACAAGGGGCAGGGCCAAGUACAAGCACCAGAUGAUGGAAAAGUAUCUGCGGGAUAGUUCCACGGCGAAUACGACCAGUCAACAAGGCACGCAACUCAACAAGUGGCUGGAAAGUGCUGCAAAAUUCACACCGGACAGGAACAAUUAUCACAUCGAGUGGAAUACGAGCAGGCAGAAAGCAGGCAGUAACAGCAGUUGCGGACAAGCGAUCUUUACCAACGAUGUGUCUGGGGCUGGUCGUGGUGAUCGCUGGAUGGUUCAUCAUAAGGACGAAUUGGAAGCGGCAGAGGCCUUGGCCAAUCUCGCCUUCAACUGCAGGCAACGCUGGCACCAUAUCUAAAGACUGAAGACUCCGGAACUGACGCCAUCAUUCCAGCAGAAGUUUCAGGCCCCGUUGGAAAGUACAAUCUAGUCAAAUGGGCUUCUUUUGGUUUUCAUUUUCAGACUUUACAGUACAAUAAUCACACGUUACCAGGAUUUUCUUCAACUUUUAGCUACACUCAUUUAAAUUAUGUGAUAAAUUAAGACGAUCAUAUUUAUGUGGACAUGAAAACCAGAUUGCGCCGAGAGUUAACAAUUACUACAGCUAGUUUAGAGUGAAAAACAAAUAUAUAAUUUUUGUUUUCUUGUUAU